GAACGCAGUGCAUUGUGGGACGUAGGCUGAUGGUGAAGUCAAGAUGGCUGUGAACGUCAGGCAGAGGAAAGAGCCUGCAGUAGGAAGGCCGUGAAUGAAGUUUUGAAUAGAAAAUCCUUUGUCGCUGCCCGCUUACGCCUCAACUAUCGUACUGUUGAAGUUGUAAUCAACCUGUGGAGGACUUGAUACAUUUACAAACAGCAACAGAAUAACAAACAACUGAGGAUAAAGUCUCGUAUGAAUUCCGACGAGAAGGAGGACUGUGAGUGUGCGCCACCACAGGCCGAGACUAGCCCCGCAGGAGGACCAUAUAGAGAAUACGAGGAGCCUGAAAUAGAAAACCCAGAAGCAAGCCGAAUGAAGCGAGCAGCUGCCAAACAUCUAAUAGAGCGCUAUUACCACCAGUUAACGGAGGGCUGUGGGAAUGAGUCGUGCUCCAACUCAUGGUGUGCCUCAUCGGUCGACUUCAACCGCAUGGACAACAACGCAGCAGCGGUCAAAGCCCUGGAGCUCUACAAGGUCAACGCUAAGCUAUGUGACCCCCAUCCCUCGAAGAAAGGCACUGCCUCAGCCUACCUAGAGAGUAGUGCUCACAGCAACUCAGCCUGCAGCAACAGGAAGAUGAACCAUAAAGAUGUCCACUCUGUACGGGACAAUUUCAAAGAUGUAAAUUACCUGACAGAGGAGAAGAUUUAUGAGAUCUUGGACAUCUGUGGAGAGAAGGAAGAUUACUCACCUCUGAUCAGGGUAAUAGGUCGGGUGUUCUCUAGUGCUGAGGGCCUGGUGCAGAGCUUCCGGAGGUCCAAACCUCACACCAAGGAGGAGCUCAAGUCCCUUCAAGGUAAGGAUGAGGACAAGGAUGAGGACGAGAAGGAGGCAGCUGCCUGCUCUGCAACAGCUAUGGAGGAGGACUCCCCUGCCUCCUCUUCAUCGUCAAGGCUCGGAGAGGGCUCCUCAGGGGAAAAUGAUGUCCAAAAGCUGGCCCCUGAUGAGGUGUCGGUAGACAUCGAAGCUGUACGGCGGGUCUAUGAGCGCCUGCUGUCCAAUGAGAAGAUAGAAGCUGCCUUCCUGAAUGCACUGGUCUACCUCUCACCCAAUGUAGAGUGCGACCUGACGUACCACAAUGUUUAUUCACGAGACCCAAACUACCUGAAUCUGUUUGUUAUAGUGAUGGAAAACAGUAACCUCCACAGCCCAGAGUACCUGGAGAUCGCUCUCCCGCAGUUCUGCAAGGCCAUGAGCAAACUCCCACUGGCAGCUCAGGCCAAGCUGGCGCGCUUGUGGUCGCAUUACAGUGCUGAGCAGAUCCGGCGCAUGGUGGAGACCUUCCAGCAGCUCAUUACCUACAAGGUGAUCAGUAACGAGUUCAACAGCCGCAACCUGGUAAACGAUGAUGACGCAGUGGUGGCAGCCACCAAGUGCUUGAAGAUCGUCUACUAUGCAAAUGUGCUGGGCGGGGACCUCGACAUGGAGCACAACGAGGAAGAGGACGAGGAGCCCAUUCCAGAGUCCAGCGAGCUCACCCUGCAGGAGCUACUGGGCGAGGAACGACGGAACAAGAAGGGCCCUCGGGUGGACCCGCUGGAGACGGAGUUGGGGAUCCGAACCAAUGAUUGCCGGCGGCCGCUCGUUCCAUUUGAGGAAUUUGUCAAUGAGCCUCUUAACGAGGUGCUGGAGAUGGACAAGGACUACACUUUCUUUAAGGUUGAAACUGAAAACAAGUUCUCCUUUAUGACCUGCCCCUUCAUCCUGAACGCCGUCACCAAGAACCUGGGUCUGUACUAUGACAACCGUAUCCGAAUGUACAGCGAGCGGCGUAUUACUGUGCUCUACAGCUUGGUGCAGGGUCAGCAGCUCAACCCCUACCUGAGGCUCAAAGUGCGCAGAGACCACAUCAUUGAUGACGCUUUGGUCAGGCUGGAGAUGAUAGCAAUGGAGAAUCCUGCAGACUUGAAGAAGCAGCUAUAUGUGGAGUUUGAAGGAGAGCAAGGUGUUGAUGAAGGAGGCGUUUCCAAAGAGUUCUUUCAGCUGGUGGUGGAGGAAAUCUUCAACCCAGAUAUUGGCAUGUUCACAUACGACGAGCGCACCAAAAUGUUUUGGUUCAACCCAUCAUCGUUUGAAAAUGAGGGACAGUACACUCUCAUCGGCAUCGUUCUUGGUCUGGCCAUCUAUAACAACUGUAUCCUGGAUGUCCACUUUCCUAUGGUGGUCUACAGGAAGCUGAUGGGCAAGAAAGGAACUUUCAGGGACUUGGCUGAUGCCAACCCGGUUCUGUACCAGAGCCUGAAGGAGCUGCUGGAGUAUGAGGGCAGUGUGGAGGAGGACAUGAUGAUCACUUUCCAAAUUUCCCAGACAGACCUGUUUGGAAAUCCACUUAUGUAUGAUUUAAGGGAAAAUGGGGACAAGAUUCCAGUCACAAAUGAAAACAGAAAGGAGUUUGUGGCCCAGUAUGCAGAGUACAUGCUGAACAAAAGUGUGGAGAAGCAGUUCAAAGCAUUCAGGAGAGGCUUCCACAUGGUCACCAACGAGUCGCCGCUCAAAUACCUGUUCAGACCAGAGGAGAUCGAGCUCCUCAUCUGUGGAAGCAGAAACCUGGAUUUCCUAGCACUUGAAGAAACAACAGAAUAUGAUGGUGGUUACAACAGAGAUUCUCGAAUCAUCAAGGAGUUUUGGGAGACGUUGCACUCGUUUGGUGAGGAGCAGAAGCGCCUCUUUCUGCAGUUCACCACUGGCACUGACAGAGCACCUGUGGGUGGGCUGGGCAAGCUGAAGAUGAUCAUUGCCAAGAACGGCCCUGACACGGACAGGUUACCGACGUCCCACACUUGCUUUAAUGUGCUGCUGCUACCUGAGUACAGCAGCAAGGAGAAGCUGAGGGAGAGACUGCUGAAAGCCAUCACCUAUGCCAAAGGGUUUGGCAUGCUCUGAGCCCCUGCUCCAAACACACAGCAAAUGGACUCCUUCUCUGAAAACCCAUCAAACCCUGCCCUGCCCUUCCUUUAUCAGACACAAUCUAAAAGGUGACAAAAGACAGACCAGAGUAUGUUUCGAGGAAAGCAAGUCAAUGGUUCCAAUAGAGCGCUCUAGUAGUUCUACUGUGCCUGCAUCAUCCCACAUCAGUCAGUGUAAGCACAGAGACCUCCUGAUCAAAGUAUCCACCCCACAUCCACAUUAUGUGAAUGUGCCGCAGCCUCCCCAUCUUUUUUUCUAUGUACAGAGGAUCAUUUUCCUUAUUAUUUAUUUUAAGGUUAAAAUGGGUUAUUUUUCAUGCCUGCCUGUUGUGAUAGCUUCCCUUCUUGGGGAAAGGGGGAGGGUUAAUAUUAAACCAUGUAAAUUUGGGACAACACAUUAACAGCCGAUAUAAACCCCAUUUAUUGAACAAAAACAUGUUACCCCUGAAAACUUGUUCACAAACUGUUGACAGAGGAAAUCUAGCAUUAGAGUAGUCUUUACUACAAAAUAUUGUAUUCUCCACAGAAGAAAGACCUCUUGCUGACCAUUCCACUCAGCCAUCGGUUAUUGUUUCUAUCAAGUCCAUUUUUGAUCAAGGUAAGCAUUUGGAAAGUUACUGUCAUUUGGUCCAAAAUGGCACAUCAUGAAAUAGCUGUUUUUCUUUUUUGAUUUUGGGCCUUUUCUCCUUAUGGCGGGGGGAGUGGGGGGAUGACACACCACAGGUUAGACUAAAAUCUUGUCAGAGCUGUGUAAGUGCACUUAGACAUUUUCAGAAUGUUUGUUUUUUGGCCACAGGUUGCCAUGAUUGUUUGAAGCAUUUUAUUUCCAUGUCUUCCUGUGUUGACGAUUCUAAAUAAAAACAGUAUUUAUAUAUCAGUGCGGUUGAAACUACAAUACCGUAUUGUUCACAUUUUUGGAGGAUGUACACCUGUAGACCAGUCACUGAUGAUGUUCUCAGAUACAGACACAGAGCUCUUCUUGUGCCAACCUAUACAGUCAGUUGAAACCCCAGUAAGCAUUUUGUGUUGUCUUUUUCUGGCUUAGUCUUGUAUGAAUAGACAGCUCACACUGCAGGGUCUCUGUUCAAUAUAACUCCUGUAACAUGUAGUCAAGAAGGCAGUGUGUUCACAGACAUUUUCAUUGUCACUGUAGAUCCAAGUCUCUGAUUGUGGUUAUGUCUGUCAUUUUAAUACAAAAUGUAUCCUCUGACAACACAGGUCUAAGUGUUUGAAUUGACAGUGCCAUGCCAGAUCUCUAAAUGUGAGCCAUCUGGCACUGUGAUCACACACAGGGCAAGUGAGGAAAGCAGUCUUAAACUCUAUCUAAACAAACAACUACAACUUUUUUUAUAUUAAAGCUUCAAUCCUGAAGCCACAUAGUCUCCAAAGAAGUCCCAUAUCCGUUCCUAUCCGUUCCUAUCAGUCCCUCCUUUGCUGUUAGACCCAGAAUGGAAAAUAAUAUCAGCAUAUAUGCAAAUCUGUGGGUGUGAUCUGAUUUAAAGCAGGGAUACUCAACUUGCUUUGCCCGGGGGCAAACAAAUAUGUUUAUGUAUCAGAUAAGAAGAAUAAACAUAAGAUGUUUGUUGUGGCAGAAAAAAAAAAAGACUUCAGUUGUAGUUGGAAGUGGUAAUCUUUUCUUGCAGUGCUACCAGUAGGAUUGAAAGUGAUAAGAUUUUAUUGCUUAUCUGUCUGGUUUGUCAAUUCCCUUAUUAAUUCCUGAUCAAUUUUGUGUUUAAGAAAGUAGGCCUUUACAAGUUUAUAGCAUCAACACAACUGUUUUAUUAUCUCUGAGACUGAACCCAGUGUAGAAACAGAGUAGAGUUAUAGUAGUUUGAGUUUCUUAAUAAAUGAAGCCACGCUUUGGACUGCUUCUUCCUCUUUGCCUUGACAACCAGCAGUGUAGACACGAGUUUGACGUCAUUGUUUUGCAAUGCGCAACUGUCAGAAAAAUAUGCAGGCAUUGAUAAUGGGAAUUUAUAAGCUCAGCGGCAUACGAUUCCAAUUGAUUAGACAAUUAGGAACAGGUUCUCAACAGAAACUGCUUCUCUAUUCUCAUCCCUAGCUAUCAGAUGGCAACUGCACUGAAGCUAGCAUGUUUUGACUGGUGAUGGUGCCUGAUAUUAGCAACAUUGCAUACAGCAAUUGUGAUUUGGCAAAUUCAUUUAUCAAUUUUUCAUUGAAUUGCCUGUUUCCAUUGUCAACCUUUCAAUGUUUUUUGUCCUCACUCAUCUUUGCCAAGAGACCAGUCGCUGCAGUCCCGUGCAGGUCAGAAAUCAAGUGUCACUGCUUCUGCAAGCUGCACAGAUUGCUGAAACGCAGAUUUGUAACUUUCUAGGCAACAGCCAAGGGACAUUAUUGAACAUUUACGAAUUGAUACAAGCACAACAAUCCCUGUGUAAAUCAGUUUAUUUUUAUUGUGAAUUAGAAAAUGGUCUGCAGGCCAGAAGGCACCCUAUCAUGGUUCUCAAGUUGAGUAUCUCUGAUUUAAAGGAAAAAUAAGAUUUUGAGAUCUUAUCCAUCAUGAAUUUAAAUGUCACCUCGACUGCAUCUAAAGAUUGGAAGCAGACAGAAACAAUUAACCUAGCUCUGGGGAGAAAAAAUAAUCCACUUUUAAAAAAACUCCAUAUUGUAUAUUUUGAGUUUAAAGUAUGUAGAAAGGUAUGGACACAUCACUCUGAUCAGAUUUAUAUUUGGAUCUGUCACAUUCAUUGAGAAUGAAAGCAGGUGUAACCACUGUAUGGAAAAGUCUAAUGAUAAGUGUUGACUUUUUCUGUUCGACAUUAAUUGGAAUAUCAACUGUGAAUCAUCUCCCCACAGAACAGGCAGAUUUUCUGUAUUUUUUUGAUGAUUUUUUUUCAGUUUUUGUUCAGCUGAAUAGGGUGUAAUUGUAAAGAACUUGCAUGAUGAUCUUGCACACUGACUCAAUUCACUGGUUUAAAUGUUUGUUUGUUUUAAACAACCUGGGUCUUGUUUUGUAGUUUUGGCCAUAAUUCUUUUCAUUUUCGAACUCAACAAUUUUAUACUCUGCCACUGUCAAUAUUAGUGCAUUAGGGAGAGCAGCACAAGUCAUCACACACCCUCACAGGUUUUGAAGCAUCUACAGUUGAACCAAAUUAUUUUUUAAAUUUUAUUUUUUUAUAUAACUUGUUUAAUUUGUUAAAGCUUUUGCCUUUUGACUAAGAAUCAUGAAUACACGUUAGAGCCAACCCUUUUCCAAACAAUAUGCUCUGUUAGAAAUGUAAAUUCUUUCUACCAUUCCAAUUGGCUUCCAUUAAUGUCAGGACUAUAUGAAAAUCAAUUGGCAGACUCUUGAAAUGUAUCAUUUCAUCAGAUUGCAAAUUGCAGUGUGGACUGCUGAGCUUUACCUUUACUACCAGACAAAGACAACACUGACAACAAGCCACACAUCCUUGUGAUGGCUUAUGCAACUGAAGCAUAUUUCAAGAGUCUGCUUAUAGAUUUUCCAUACUUGACAGGAAGGAAUGGAAGCUAGAGCUGCAACUAACAAUUAUUUUCAUUAUUGAUUAAUCUAGCUAUCAUUUUCUCGAUUAAUAGAUUAGUUGUUUGGUCCAAUAUGUCAGAAAAUGGUAAAACAUGUUUCCUAAAUCCCAAGAUGAAGUCCUCGAAUAUUCAGUUUACCUUAAUAGAAGACUAAAGAAAUUCAUAUUUUGCUGAAAUCAGAGAAUUUGGAUUUUUUUUUUUUGGUUUAAAACGACUCAUUGAUUCAUUGCUUAUCACAAUAGUUGCUGAUUAAUAGUUGACAACUAAUCAUUUUAUUGACUGAUAGUUGCAGCUCUAACGGAAGCCAAUGCCUGCUGUUAACAGUGUGAAAAAUACACCAAAAUUCAAAAACUAUAGCAUAAAUUUGAACAAGGUCAUCAAAAAUGUAAACAGUAAAACAAAGACACUGCUCCUUUAACAUUUACCUUUUUGUUUUACCUCCAGAUUAGUAAUCUUUUGGGUAAACUGGACAUGUUUGACUGUGCAGACUGCUGUGAAACAGUUUCCUCUUAUCUUCAGCAUUGGCAUUAAAUGAUACGCUAUACCAUUUAUGUCAAGGUCUGAUUACUAGCUUUUUGAAACUUUUAACCACAUGUCAUAGUCUUAAUCAGUAUGGAGCAGGCUCAGGUGUCAUCAUGUGACCUAUGUAUGUAAGUUAAGUCACAGGACACAAGGAUUGCAACUAAUGCUUAUUUUCAUUGUCAGUCUGUUACUUUUCUUCUAUUAAUCGAUUAGUUGUUAGGUUCAUAAUGGUGAAUGAUCACUGAUAAGUAUUUUCCAAAGCCCAGGUGAUUUCCUCAAAUGUCUUGUUUUGUACACAACCUAGACCUAUUCAAUUUAUUGUGACAGAGGACUAAAACAAACAAAUUAUUACAAUUUCAGAAGCUGUUAUCACAGAAUUUGGAAUUUUUUUCUUUAAAAAAUUACUCAAAACAAUUCAUUAAUCAAUUUAAUUUAAUAGUUGACAACUAAUUGAUUAAUGGACUAACUGUUGCAACUGGGGGUAGAUAGUGACUCCUGUCUCUGUUCAAAUGGUCUUUGCCGUUGAAUGUGAAUGUCCUCCUUGAUCUUCAUCCAGGUUUUGCGGUUUAAUGUCGAGGAUCAGAAACGGACAACAUUAACUGUCUGUGAACACAAGACCAAAACUACUCACAGCAACCACUGGGAAUAGGUCAAAGGUCAUGGACUAGGGUUCAGUGGACAAGUGCAGAAAGAUCAAGGAGGACAUUCACAUCUGACACCAGAGACCAUCUUUGAACAAAGAUGGAGGUUAUUACCAUCUUGCCCCAUAUUUUUUUCUUUGGUCACCAUGUAAUAACACCAGAGCCAGUUUCAUUCACUGAUGAUGGGGAAAAAAAGGUUUAAAGGUUCCUGAAAACUAUUAAGUUGACCUUGAGAUGAUAAUUUUUUAUUAUUAAUAUUAAACCAUUACACACAGAAUAUAUAUAUAUUUUUGGUGAGUAGUGAUACAGCAAGGAAGCUUUAUCUGCAUUGAUACAUUUAAAGCUGCAAGGUAGCAGAUAAAUGUUCUAUGUAUUGUCAUGGGCACUUCAGUGGUGGUGGUUGUUGUAGGAGGUUGAAUCUGUGACUUCUCCCUCAGACACUGGUGUGUCUAACUUUAAGGUUCUUGCUGUCCUUGUGAUGUGUCUGCAAGAGGACUAUCUGAUUUUUUUUUUUUGCUCAGCCUGUGAGCAUGAUGGUACCCACAAAAUGCCACUAAAGCACGGUGCUCAGACCACAGCAGUACACAACAACUCUGAGCCAUUCUUUCCGUUCCAUUAGUCUUACUUUCUCAUUUUAUUGGUUUCAUCCAGACCUGGGCAAAAUUAUUUAGUAGAAUACCUUUCACUCCUUGGUUUAGCCUUAAUUGGAGUCACUUUGGACUGUACAAAGAGUGCCUAAAAAAUGUAGACUAACACUGGACCGUGUUUGACAGUCACUAUAGCAUACAGUAUGUAUCAUUGUUAUACUGCAGUAAACCUCCAUCAUGUGGAACUCUGUAGGUUAAAGCAAAGGUUAUCGAUGAAUUACACUUGGUAUUGAGCCCAGGUCUGGUUUCAGCUGUUUAACAUUACUCUGUACCUCUGUUUUGUAAUGCUGAAGAUGCUGCUCACCUGGACAUGUGAAAGUGCAUUAGAGCCUAGUGAAGGUAAAAGGUGAAAAGUCAACCUGAUCUUGGAAAGAGAAGCAGUUUUCAUCAAUUGGUUUGUCUCCACAGUUACAUUCUAAAAGAUACAAACUGAUGAAAGGCUAAAAGUAUUCAGUGUUGUGAAAACAUGCUAAAUAAAGAUGACUGCUUUUUUCCAACUUG